AUGGACAGCGGGAACAACCAAGGAGGUCCACCUUCUGCCCAUAACCUACCACCCUACUCUGAGAAACAUCCCUACCAUCAGCAACCACUUCCAGCGGAUUGGCCUGCAAACCCUGGCAUGCCAACUCAGUACCAGGCUUAUUAUCCUCCAUAUGGGGCAGUGCCCGGCCAAGGGGCCGUCAUCCAACCUCCUCAGCAGACCACCUUCAUGGCACGCGUACAGCCCACCCACGAACCGGAUUACCUGGUGUAUUCCAUCUUAACCAUGAUCUUCUGCUGCCUGCCUCUGGGAAUUGCAGCCCUGGUUUUCUCAAUACAGACUCGAGAUGCUAACCAUGAUGGAGAUGGCAUCGCAGCUAAGCGGAACUCCAGGAAGGCACUGAUCUUCGCAAGCUGUGCCCUUGGCUUGGGGCUUUUGUGGAUUAUUGUAGUCAUUGUCUUAGUGGUGAUAGCCAAUAAUAUGGUCGAUUAA